CCCUCUGCAGCCAUGGAUGACAUUUAUAAGGCAGCGGUUGAGCAGCUGACAGAAGAGCAAAAAAAUGAGUUCAAGGCUGCAUUUGACAUCUUCGUGCUGGGAGCAGAGGAUGGCUGCAUCAGCACUAAGGAGCUGGGGAAGGUGAUGCGAAUGCUGGGGCAGAACCCAACCCCUGAGGAGCUGCAGGAGAUGAUAGAUGAGGUGGAUGAGGAUGGCAGUGGCACUGUAGACUUCGAUGAGUUCCUUGUCAUGAUGGUCCGGUGUAUGAAAGAUGACAGCAAAGGAAAAACUGAAGAGGAGCUCUCGGAUCUCUUCAGGAUGUUUGAUAAAAACGCUGAUGGCUACAUUGAUCUUGAGGAACUGAAGAUCAUGCUGCAAGCGACCGGAGAGACCAUCACUGAGGAUGACAUAGAAGAACUGAUGAAAGAUGGGGAUAAAAACAAUGACGGCAGGAUUGACUAUGAUGAGUUCCUGGAAUUUAUGAAAGGAGUUGAAUAAAUCUGAGACCAGAUCAACAGCUUGAAUCUCCUACGUCCCUCCAGCACUGCUUCUCAUCUCCUUGGCUAAGUCCUUUGGCUACCAGCAUGAAGACUGAGCACUGAGAAGGGUGGCCACUGGGAAAAUAAAAUGCGUU